UUCAAAAUCGCGAGAUGGGAAAAUGGUGUUUAUAAGGAUUUUCAUACACUAAGGAGAGUAAGAAGAAACUUACAGAUGGUUAUAACUCAGCAUUUCAGUGAUACCACAGUGAUGCCUGGCGUUGAUGUAAGUCUUCACUGCACCGUAAAUGGGCCACAUCCAGCCAGGUUUAUAUGGGAAAGAGACGGCCUGGUCAUUUCUUCUAACACAGAUUCUAGGUACGCCAUCGGGCAAACCAUGGCAGCUGAUGGUGGAGUCACGACUCAGCUAAACAUAUCACAUGUUAGAGUUGAUGAUGGGGGACUGUUCUCAUGCUCUGCUCAUCAUGGAGAGAAUACCGUGUCUCAUCACGACAGGGUAAACGUGUAUGGCCCUCCCUAUAUUCGCACUCUUCCUCCGUUUAAGGUCCAAAGCGGUCAGAGUGUCACAUUUCGAUGUCCUUAUUAUGGAUACCCGAUCAGAGACAUAACAUGGGAAUACAGAGGCAAAGAAAUCGGUUCAGACGUCCAACAGACGAAUAGAUAUAAAAAAUCAAUUAACAACACAUCGUUUAGCAUAGAAAUAUACGGCCGUAAACCUAAGUUAAGAGAAAAAAGGGAAUUAGCAACAGUCAGUAAUAACGGUGUUCUUACUAUAGGCAAAGUUUCGAAAGCCGACAGCGGUUCAAAUUAUGCCUGUGUCGUAAGAAGUCCUACUGGUGAAAUGGCAAAAAGGUCUUUCGAGUUGCACGUGGUAGAACCGCCACAAUUGGAGGAAAUAUUACUACCCUCAGACCUGCAGGAAGGUCAAAUUGUUCAAAUACAUUGCAACCUCAAGACGGGAGAUUCACCAGUGUAUUAUUCCUGGUUGAAAGACGGCAAGAAAAUACCGACGCAUUUGAAGAUUGCCGAGCGUAGCUUGGAGGUGUUUAGUGUGCUUAUUAUCAAGAAUGUCUCCUUGGAACAUUGUGGAACGUACACUUGUGUGGCAGCUAACCACGUCGCCAAAGUGAACAGGACAGUUAACUUGUACAUUAAAGUUGCCCCAAAAUGGAGUGAAGAGCCUCAGAAUACUUCGCUGCUUUUAGGCAGAAACGGUCACAUAUCUUGUAGUGCUAAUGGUUAUCCACAGCCUCAGACUCAUUGGCUAAAAAAAGAUGUGGUAUCAGAAACAUGGCGUCCAGUACUAGAAGUAGCAGGUGGUGGUGUCCUGAGUCUGUCAAAUGGCUCCUUAAUAUUUGACUCGGUAGCCUUGUCUGAUGGUGGACUGUACACUUGUCAUGUCGAGAACGGUGUUGGUGAAGCACUCAGCAAGACCAUUUGGAUCUCUGUUAAUAAACCAGUAACAUUCGACUUAGUAUCAAGAAACCUUACAGCAAAAUUAGGACAACAUGUUUCUGUAGAGUGCCAAGCAAAGGGCGACGACCCUAUAAGAAUCAUGUGGACUAGAAACGGAAAACCUAUUAACCCUUUGACUCAGAGGGUGAAAAUAUCAGAGGUGAAGUCAGAAGAUGGACUGACGAGUAUCCUGGAGUUGCUACAGACGGAAACAAGUGACGGUGCUUUAUACCAGUGCAGAGCUGGUAAUCCGUUUGGAGCUGAUGUUUACAGUGUUCAUCUCACUAUACUAGAGCCACCAUCACCACCGACGGAUUUAUCAGUGGACUCCAUAAAAAGUCGUUCAGUCAGGUUGUCCUGGAGAGAUAUGACCAGGACCCUGGCUCAGUACUAUAACCUGCAGAUAACCAGCACUCAGCGGCAAUCCUGGAGUACCGCGAGGAGUAUCAACAUUACUAGGUUAGAAGAGAUCCGUCAUUCCAUAGACGUAGAUGACCUGCAACCUUCGACCAGUUACACGGCUCGUGUGGCUGGUGGGAACCAGGCAGAUCUCAGUGUGUACUCUACUCCUGUCAGAUUCAUUACUACAGAAGAAGCACCAUCGUCACCACCAGUAGGAGUGCAGGUAGAACAAACGGACUCGCCAGGAGAAUUGCGAGCCAGAUGGUUGCCCCCUCCAGCUGAUGCUCACAAUGGCCAGAUUAUAGGAUACCGGUUAAGAGCUGUGCCACAGCUAACUGGGGUCAAAGAAGCCGAAGAAGCCAGCGACAAAAUAAUAAAAACGACCUCGUUAUAUUCUAAACAAGAAACAAUUAUCACGGGUCUCCUAAAAGGUGUAAGGUAUUCAGUGUCAAUAGCUGCUUUCAAUGGCGCGGGGACUGGUCCAUUUUCUAUACCACUAUUCCAAGACACCAGAGAAGGAGCUCCAGAAGAAGGUCCAUCAUCAGUGGAGUGUGGUGGAGUGACGUCAACAGCAUUGAGGGUGAGCUGGCAGCCAAUACCUCCACACAAGCAAGCCGGGGCUCUCAUUGGAUACACUGUCUUAUUUGCUGCACAAGGUCGACACUGGCAGAACGCAACGUCCCUAGUUACCGAACUACGGUUGCAAGGCUUGCUCAAGUAUACCAACUACACAAUCAAAGUUGCUGGCUUUUCAAACUACGGUAGUGGACCAUUCUCCUUCCCUAUUGUGUGUUCCACUAUGCAGGAUGUGCCCGAAGCUCCAGCAGAAAUCAAGCUCCUCUCUCAAUCUUCGCAUAGCUUGUUAGUUAGCUGGAAGAAACCGAGGCAACCUAAUGGCAGACUUCUGCAUUACACGGUUUACUGCAAACCAACUGCAAGCAACGAUGGUCCCCAAACCAUCCGAGUGGAAGCCCCUUCGAACACAGAAGCGUACGAACGGACCCAAACUAUAGAACUCAAAGGUCUGGACAUGGGCCAGCAGUACGACGUGUGGGUGACGGCGAGUACUGCGGUCGGCGAGGGCCCGGAGAGCAGGAGGGUUACCAACACUCCUUCUCAGAGAGUGGUGGCAGGAGUAGCAUCAUUGGGUGGUGAAGUAACAGUGGCUGUCAGAAAUUCCUUGCUGUUGGAGUGUAUCAGCGUUGGGUCACCACCACCACGCACCGUGUGGUAUCACAACCAGAAUAUCAUCACGCACCAUCCCCGGUUUACGAGGAAUAGAGACGACAGUUUGCUGAUAAAAAGUAUCGACCAAUCACUAAGCGGGAACUACACUUGUCUAGCCAAGAACCUAUACGGCUCAGAUUCUGUUGUGUACUCUGUCAAAGUGUUGCCUUUACCUGAUCCUCCAAGUUUGAGGGCCACUCCGUACAAGGACUCAAUUGUGGUUGAGUGGGAUGAGGUCAGAACGCACGGGAAUGAUUCCCUGAUUGGUAUGAGUUACAAUCUAACUUGGAGGGAGGGAGAUGGCCUGUGGCAAGAAGCGUGGCCGGUAGCAAGGGAAACCCGUCUUCCUGGCAUUCAACAGCAUACUCUGACAGGACUCAAAUGUGGCACCAAAUAUUCUAUCAGGGUGACAGCUACUGACAGCGUUGGCACCUCGGCACCAGCUCAUAUUGAUGUCACCACCUUAGGUGGAGCCCCAGUGUCUCCACCAUCAACGGACUGGUUGUGGAGCAACGCUACUCACAUCUACAUCCAGCUGAGCGGCUGGGACGAUGGAGGAUGUGACGUCACCAAAUGGGAUGUCGAUUACCGGCUGUUGGGGUCCAGCUCUUGGCUUCGAGCUGAGAAUAGAGCGCCUCUAGACCUAAACCUGGGUUGGAACUACAUGGAGAGCUACCAAGCGCCCCCACUACGCUCCAACCCUACAUCCUACGCCGUGGGAUCUCUCUCCCCUGGCAGCUGGUACCAGCUAAGAGUCACUGCCAUCAAUGAUGCUGGCACCGCUUCCACUAUCUACACUUACUCCACGAAGACCAUUGAUGGAGAGGAAAUCGGUCCACCGUCAGAGUUCUUCGACCUGAACAUGCUAGUCAUAAUCUGCAGCUCCAUCCUGCUGGUGGUGUGCCUUCUAGCAUUCAUCUGCAUAUUAUUUAGAAGACACAGGCAAAACUACUCCUCUCAGUACCGUCAUUCGAUAGCUGAAGAGGUGAAGUCUCGCAACGAGAGUGUGGCCUCACACUCGGAACAUAAGGAGAGAUAUGCCCACGCGCCGAGGAUUUACACCUCGCCUAUACACGCCAGAAAGAGCAGUAAGAAUGAAAUGUUCGAGAUCAGUCCGUACGCAGAAUUCGCUCUUGGAUUCAGGACUUUCGACCACGUGGAAAACCAGGACCUUCCUAGCAGACUACCUAGCAGACCAAGAUUCGAUACCGAGACCAGCUUCCAGAAUCGGUCGGAGUCUGAUGAUAGUGACAGCACUUCCAAAGCCACAGUCUCUGCCGUGCCUCGACGACACUGCCGAACCCCACACCACAGAUAA